CAACCUUCCUCAGAUAGUUAGAAAAUCUGUCUUGUUCAGGUACACGUAACUUAAUUUCAGUAACUAAAACAUGAAUGAACUGGUAAUGACUGUAAGGAAUACAGAAAACGAAGCCUACAGAGAAUAUCCAGUGAAUAGAUUGAGGCUUUUUGGUGGAAUACACAUAAGCAUUGGUGUAUUAUCUAUAAUACUUGGUAUUACUGCAAUAAUCAUUGACAUUAUAACUAUGAGUAAAGAUUGCUACAUUUAUGAAAAUGGCACUGAGUAUUACGACAAAUUUUGUGAUGAUUAUUCGUUUGAGACACAAUCAUUCAUAUUUUUUGACAUCUUAUGUUUCCUGUUUUCUGGAUGGUUUAUAUUGACUGGAUGCUUUCCAUUUUGCAUGACCCAAAAACGUCAAAGUAGUUGGAGGUGUUUGAAAAAAGCGUUUAUGGUGUGUAGUAUUGUCGGAGCAUCUACAUUUGUACCAACCGUAUUUAGUUUUGGAGUGAUCGGAACUUCAAGAGCAAACUUUGAAGGACAAAGAACUGGUGCUAUAGCCUUGUCGUACUGCUUUGCAGUGUUGGGUUUUGUUGAAUUUGUAAUAGCAAUAGCCGCAGCAUCCUUCUGUUGUUGCUGUACACCAUGGGAAAAGACUGAUAGGUCAGAAGUAUAUAUCAAUUCUGGACAGCACACACAUAUAGUAGGAAUGCCAAAUACAAGAUAUAAUCAAUCGGAACAUGGACAGGACGGAUUUACAAUGCGUAGUUGA